AUGCGUCUCACUGCCCUCACCGUAGGAGCCGUGGCUCUGGCCGCCCCGCUCGCCUCGGCCUCGCGCUUCCACGAGCGCGGCCUUGUCGAUGCUGCUGAUCACCCCGCUGGCCACCUCUUCUCCAAGCGCGCCGCCACCCACAGCAUCACCAAGCGCCAGCUUGCCACCACCUCCAAGAAUGGCCUCCCCUACCCGCCCGCCGGCUCGGACCCGCCCCCCGCCAGCUCGCUGCCCAAGGCCUGGGUCGACCGCUACAACGCCAAGAAGGCUGCCGGUCUCAUCCCCGACAUCCCGCGCUCCAUCACCGACCCCAACACCCGCGCCACCGUCUACCCCGCCGGCACCGACAUGACCAACGUCUGCUCCUGGACCGUCCAGAAGUGCGACACGGGCGACAUCUGGCUCGCGCCCGACAACGCCGUCGCCAUCACCUUUGACGACGGCCCCACCCCGCAGUCGCCGGCGCUCAUCGAGUACCUCCAGGAGCAGAAGCAGGGCGCCACCCACUUCCUCAUCGGCAGCGCCAUCGUGUGGAAUCCGGACAUGAUGGACGCCUACGUCAAGGCGGACCCGCCCAUGCACCUCGGUGUCCACACCUGGUCCCACACGCUCCAGACGGGCAAGACCGACAUGGAGAUCCUCGGCGACCUCGGCUGGACCAUGCAGAUCAUCUACGACCUGACUGGAAGCGUGCCCAUGUACUGGCGCCCGCCCGAGGGUGACGUCGACGCGCGUGUGCGCGCCAUCGCCACCGAGGUGCUCGGCAUGCAGACCGUCAUGUGGAACAAGGACGCCGACGACUGGUGCCUGCGCCAGGGCACCGGCACCGCGCAGCUCCAGACGUGCACCACCGGCGUCGGCGCCAACAAGACGAGCGUCAUCAGCGAGAUGACCAGCUGGGCCACCACCAACAACCGCACCGGCUUCAUCUCGCUCGAGCACGAGACCACCGACCAGGCCAUCGACUCGUUCAAGGCGUACCACCGUGCGCUCAAGCAGAACAACUGGAACGUCGGCCCCGUCCCCGAGCUCCAGGGCCUGCCUUACUACCAGAACCAGUGGAACCUCACCUCCAGGAAGGAGCAGGUGGACAGCAUUCUGCCCACGCGCGAGCCCAUCAAGGUCGUCAACUCGGACGCCCGCCGUGGCUCCAAGCGCGCUCCGGACACCAGCGCCUACGCCAACCUCGACGGCUCGGGCGCCGGCGCCCAGGCCUCGUCGUCCGCCCGUGGCGCCGCCGCUUCGUACACCGCCUCGGUCAGCGCCGCCGGCGCCUCGUCCACCGGCACGUCGGGCUCCUCCGGCUCGUCGUCGUCGUCGUCCGGCUCGUCUGGCACCUCGUCGAGCUCCAGCACUUCGAGCAAGGGCCAGACCACCUCGGGUGCGUCGAGCCUUCUCGUCGGCGCCUCCACCGUCGGCAUUGGCGCCUUCGCUGCCGCCCUCGCCCUUGUCCUCUAA